CUUUAUUAACAUAUUUCUUUGUAGGGCCUGCACUAGACAACGCAUGCUGAGUGGGUCCUUUGAGGGGCAGCCUGCAAAGGAAAGGUCAAUACUUAGUGUCCAGCAUCACAUACGACAAGAACGCAGAUCGCUAAGACAUGGUUCCAACAGCCAGCGAAUCAGUAGAGGAAAAUCUCUUGAAACCUUGACUCAAGAUCACUCCAACACCGUGAGAUACAGAAAUGCACAGAGAGAAGACAGUGAGAUAAAAAUGAUCCAAGAAAAAAAAGAACAAGCUGAAAUGAAAAGGAAAGUCCAAGAGGAGGAGCUGAGAGAGAAUCACCCAUAUUUUGACAAACCACUUUUCAUAGUUGGUCGUGAGCACAGGUUCAGGAAUUUCUGCAGAGUGGUUGUAAGAGCUCGCUUUAAUGCUUCUAAAACAGAUCCUGUUACUGGAGCUGUGAAAAAUACCAAAUACCAUCAGCUUUAUGACCUACUGGGUUUGGUUACCUACCUGGACUGGGUCAUGAUCAUUGUUACUAUAUGCUCCUGCAUUUCCAUGAUGUUUGAAUCCCCUUUUAGAAGAGUUAUGCAUGCUCCAACACUCCAGAUUGCUGAAUACGUUUUUGUAAUAUUCAUGAGCAUUGAGCUUAAUCUGAAGAUUAUGGCAGAUGGCCUGUUUUUUACACCAACAGCUGUCAUUAGAGAUUUUGGAGGAGUUAUGGACAUAUUUAUAUAUCUUGUAAGUUUGAUAUUCCUGUGCUGGAUGCCUCAGAAUGUCCCUGCCAAAUCUGGAGCUCAGCUCUUAAUGGUGCUUCGCUGCCUCCGACCUCUUCGAAUAUUCAAAUUGGUUCCUCAGAUGAGGAAAGUUGUACGAGAGCUGUUUAGUGGCUUUAAGGAAAUCUUUUUGGUUUCUAUUCUUUUGCUGACAUUAAUGCUUGUUUUUGCAAGCUUUGGAGUGCAGCUAUUUGCUGGAAAACUGGCUAAAUGCAACGAUCCUCACAUCAUCUCUAGGGAAGAUUGUCAUGGCAUCUUCAGAAUAAAUGUUAGUGUUUCCAAAAAUCUCAAUUUAAAGCUAAGACCCGGAGAGAAAAAGCCUGGAUUUUGGGUGCCACGAGUCUGGGCAAAUCCUCGGAAUUUUAAUUUUGAUAAUGUGGGAAAUGCAAUGCUGGCACUAUUUGAAGUUCUUUCAUUAAAAGGAUGGGUGGAAGUCAGAGAUGUUAUUAUUCAUCGUGUUGGGCCGAUCCAUGGAAUCUAUAUUCAUGUGUUUGUAUUCCUUGGCUGCAUGAUUGGACUGACUCUUUUCGUUGGAGUUGUCAUUGCUAAUUUCAAUGAAAAUAAGGGGACUGCUUUACUGACUGUAGAUCAGAGACGAUGGGAAGAUCUGAAAAGCAGACUGAAGAUAGCACAACCUCUUCAUCUCCCACCUCGUCCAGAUAAUGAUGGCUUUAGAGCUAAGAUGUAUGAUAUAACUCAACAUCCAUUUUUUAAGAGAACUAUCGCUGUACUUGUUCUGGCCCAGUCUGUGUUGUUAUCAGUUAAGUGGGAUGCUGCAGAUCCAGUGACUGUUCCUUUAGCAACAAUGUCUGUUGUUUUCACCUUCAUUUUUGUCCUUGAGGUCACAAUGAAGAUUAUUGCCAUGUCACCUUCUGGCUUCUGGCAAAGCAGAAGAAAUCGAUAUGAUCUCUUAGUGACAUCUCUUGGAGUUAUAUGGGUGAUACUUCACUUUGCCUUGCUGAAUGCAUACACAUACAUGAUGGGGGCAUGUGUAAUUGUCUUCAGAUUUUUCUCUAUUUGUGGAAAGCAUGUUACACUAAAAAUGCUGCUCCUGACUGUGGUUGUCAGCAUGUACAAGAGUUUCUUCAUCAUAGUGGGAAUGUUCUUACUGCUUCUUUGUUACGCUUUUGCUGGAGUAGUUUUAUUUGGUACGGUGAAAUAUGGAGAGAACAUUAAUAGACAUGCAAAUUUCUCAUCAGCUGGUAAGGCUAUUACUGUACUCUUCAGAAUAGUUACCGGAGAAGACUGGAACAAAAUUAUGCAUGACUGCAUGGUUCAGCCUCCAUUUUGUACACCAGAUAACAGCACCUACUGGAAAACAGACUGUGGAAAUUAUGCUGGUGCUCUUAUGUAUUUCUGUUCAUUUUAUGUCAUCAUUGCGUAUAUCAUGCUGAAUUUGCUUGUUGCUAUCAUUGUGGAGAAUUUCUCAUUGUUUUACUCAACUGAAGAAGACCAACUUUUAAGUUAUAAUGAUCUUAGGCAUUUUCAAAUUAUUUGGAAUAUGGUUGAUGACAAGAGAGAGGGAGUAAUUCCUACCUUCCGAGUCAAAUUUUUGCUGAGGCUUCUGCGUGGCAGGCUGGAGGUAGAUCUUGACAAGGACAAGCUGUUGUUCAAGCACAUGUGCUACGAAAUGGAACGGCUCCAUAAUGGCGGUGAUGUCACUUUCCAUGAUGUGCUGAGCAUGCUUUCUUAUAGGUCUGUAGAUAUUAGAAAAAGUCUUCAACUGGAAGAACUGCUUGCCAGGGAACAACUAGAAUAUACAAUAGAAGAGGAGGUAGCCAAACAGACCAUACGCAUGUGGCUGAAGAAGUGCUUAAAGAGAAUCAGAGCAAAACAACAGCAAUCGUGCAGCAUUAUUCAUAGUCUACGAGAGAGUCAACAGCAGGAGUUGAGCCGAUUUCUGAAUCCUCCCAGCAUUGAGACAACGCAGCCAAGUGAAGAUAUGAAUGCUAUUAAUCAAGAUAACAGUGCACAGCCGGAGACAAGUAGCCAGCAGCAGCUCCUUAGCCCAACACUUUCUGACAGAGGGGGCUAUCGACAAGACACUGCAGAUGCUGGGAAACCUCAAUGGAAAAUUCGGCCACGGUGUUUGCCAUCAUCCCCCAAACCAAGAAGCCAUCCCGGGUCUUCAGUCAACCUGCGCUCUGGUGGAUGUUUAACAGUGAAAUCUAUUGGAUGCAAAAUGAAUCCCAUGUCUGAUGCUGCUUCUUGUGGAUCUGAAGUCAAGAAAUGGUGGACAAGACAAUUAACUGUGGAGAGUGAUGAAAGUGGGGAGGACCUUCUUGACAUUUGAAAGAGACUUGAGUCAUAUUGCAACAGCAUCCACUUCAAAUACAAUCUAAUUUUCUAUGUUUAGAAUCAAACACGCUGUAAGUGAUGUAUGAUUUAUUUAAAAUCAUUAUCAUAACAUUUUUCAAAUGCUUAUCCUACUGCCGUAUGAAACAUAGCACAUACUUAUACAUUAAAAUUCACCUCUAUAGGUAUAACUGUACUUUAGGAAACCUAUAUACAAUAGCAGUACAAAUAAAGCCAGAGAGACUGUAUUGCCUUUAGCAGAGACAGAACUUCUAUAGGUUCUAUAGGUUCUAUAGGUAUAUAAUGAAAAUGCAUUUUGAUAUACACAUAUCUGUUUUUCUUCAACCUAUGCUAUGCUUUAAAAUGGCGACACUUUACAAUACAGGGGUAAUGUAUUUCUUCUUUCCGUGUUAUCCUUCAGUUCUUAUUUAUUAAGAUUUCUUUAGAAGAAUUUUAUUAUUCACAAACGACCUGAAGAGGUCAGCACUGACUUCAUGUUCAAGGGAAGUAUUUUUACAGAGUACAGAUUCUGAAUUACAAAUCUAAGCUUUUUUCUGGACAUUUUUUUAAAAUAUGCAAGAUACAGGUUAACUCACUUCAAAAUCAGAAGGUGAAGGAUUGGAUUUAAAAUGUAAAUAUCUUUGUGUUUUUGUUAAUUAUGCAAAAAGCUUGAUUUUCAUACAGGAAAAGAAAAAAAAGACAUGAAAACUGUGCAUUGAACCAUCCAGCAAAAGACUUCCAUAUGACAAAUGCGGUUAAUGUUUCAUUUUCAGAUUAGUUACAUAUAUGUAUGGCGUCAUUAUUCUCCUGUUAGCUGGAUCCCAUUUCCUUGUGUAGUCAUAAGAUAACUUUGUUUUUGUCUGUGCAAUAAAAGUUAGCAACUUGGGAGUUCUCAUUAAAGAGCAGUAUUGUAUGGCUUUUCAAAUACAGUUCAAUUUUGCCUGUAUAGGUAGAAGUGAAUUUUACUUGCCCAGGAUACUACUCAUGGUACAGCCCUGCACUGCUAAAACAUGACAUGAUACUGUGGUUAAGUAUCUUUCUCCUUUUUACCCUGAUACAUCGCAUUCUUACAUGUUAGCAUUCUAUUUUAUGAAGCAACAAUAGCGCUAAAUUACCACUGGUGAAAAAAGCAGCUGUCCUUUUUGUAAGUUUUUCUGGUGAAAGGCCAAUGCUAUAGAGAUAGGGAGGCAGAGAAACAACACGAUGCAGCAAAGCAGUGUUGCACACAGUUUGUCACAUUCAGAAUUUAGGCUGUCUGAAAAACGUGGGCUGAAAAUUUGCCCUUCCCUCAGGGAAGAACUGAGAGGUAGCAGAUUUUAUAGCUCGGCCACUGACUAGGUUUUUUAGCAUACCUGGGACCUUUCUGUUACCAUUGUUUCCUAUGGAAAUGAUAGGUUGCUCUACCACGGACUGAUGUGAGAUCUUGUACGAGGCUCACAGCUGACAUUUAUCACCACUUAAAAUACAUAUCCUUUAAAAAGCUGACAAAACCCAGUGCUUUGUAAUGUUUUCUGGCCAAAAUAUUAAUAUCGGGUGGUCAGAAUUCAGAACUGUUUUCACAGAUGCCUUCUCCAUAAAUGCAAAAUUAGUUUUGGCCAUAAAAUGCAGUUUCCUUGGCAUCUGUUAGUGUUUUGUUCUCUGUGUAUUGUUUAACAUUGUUUAGAUUUUUUCAAAAAUGUCAUAUUGAGCACAUCUGUAUUUUGUGGUUUCUUUAUUUGCUUUGGAGUAUAGUUAAGUUUAAAUCUAGUCAACUCUGUCUAUAAUCUAUGUAACCGAAUCUGUGCAUUCCCUUGUUUACAGGCUAGAUUAUGAACCAUCAGCAAAACCUCACAUGCAAAUCCAUCAUUUUGUGUUCUGUUCUGUGCUUAAGUUCGGCUUUUGUAUAUGUGAAAAGAAAAUAAUAUUGGAUUUAUAAGACAGUAUCUUUGAAACUUCAAUAAUAUAUUGAACUGCAGAUCUUUAUGAAUCAUUCUUGCUGCAUAUCUUCUUUUUAAAAAACCUGGCAGACAUUUUUUUCUUUGCCUUACAGCACUCUGUCAAUAAAAGUGAGUUGCU